ACCCCAACGACUGGCUGUACAAUUCUUGUUCCUCAACUCUGCCAACAACUUCGAGCAGCGCUCGCAUCACCCGGAGAGGCUUCACUGCCGCAUAUCUCCACCACCGCGACGGUUCGGCCUUCUGUCAUCUCGCCUCCAACACGAGCAUCCCAAGCCGCUUGGCCAUGGCCUCCUCCAAAGUAUGAUGACCCAUCGUCGUGAGGAAUCGCCUUGUGCACCUGCUUGUUCCGCUCCCGCGAGAGACAGUCAUGCUGAUCACUCUUCGUCUCCCCUCGUUCAGGAAAUGCAGCCCUCGGCUCGGCCAUUGACGCACCAGCGCCCCUCGCCGUCGAGCUCGUCCCCCUCCGGCUUGCCUGGCCGCCAAGCCCACGCCCGAACCAACUCGCAUUCACACUCGCUCCUCACCGGCGCCCUCAAUGCCAACCAUCGGGUGACCCGCCGCAAGUCCGUCACCACCAAUAACGGUCCCAAUUUUGCCGCUCUCACGGCCGCCGUCGCCAAUGGAGAGCAGACGGCUGCCAUGCCCAUUGCCAACGCCACUCGGCGCAACACGGGGUCCAAGGCGAGGGUCGGCAGCCUGCCCUCGCCUCCCGCGAGCCUGCCGCUCCACAAGACGGUCCCGGAGAUCGUCAAGGACAGCAGCGCCAUCGACGACGAGACUCACGACGGGUCCGCGGACGAAGCGGCGACCAAGUUCCAAAAGGCGCGCAUCAGGCGCGCUAGCGACGGCCAGCCGCUCGCCAAGGAGUCCAAGAAGAGCAACCGCGUCGAAGUCCGAUGCGAAAAGUGUGGCAAGGGCUACAAGCAUAGCAGCUGCUUGACCAAGCAUCUAUGGGAGCAUACGCCCGAGUGGUCCUACACCUCCAAGCUGCUCAUCUCGAAGCACCAGCAGGUCCAGCUCCUCGAAGCUGCCUCGGUGCUCGUGGCAAUGAAUGGCAAGGAGAGCACGACCACGCCACCAGACUCGGCCAAGGACUCGGCCAGUGAGCCCGACUCUGCGUCCCCUGCGGCCUCGGGCUACUCGGAGCAGCCCGAGCGCCAGAGUUCGGCCGACACCACCCCGCCCCCGACGAUUGACGGCAUCAAUUUUGCCUCGCCGUAUCGUGACACGUCGGAGUUUGCGCGGAGCUACCAGUCAAGCUCGCUCAAGCCACCCUUCAUGUUAGGGAGCAUCCCCAAUGGACCGGGGUUUGGCCACUCGCGCCAGCCCAGUCAUGAACGUCGCCCCCCGUCCUCGGGCGCCAACAGGACGGGUCAAGAGGAUCGCGACCUGGCGGCUGCAGUAGAACUGCUCAGCUGCAGCUUCGGGAGCAACAACGGUUCUCACGGCACGGUGACGCUGCCGGCCGACGCACCCCCAGUGCCUCCGGUGCCGGCGCAGUACCUGGACCAGGCGUCGUCGCUGGCGAGCGCCAGCUUCAUCAACAGCUUUCCGCGACGCCAGCCGGAGAGCUUCACGCGGGGCGAGCUGCGACGCGGCAGCGAGGACGUGAAGAUGGAGGACAGCGGCGACGACGACGACUUCGACAUGCGGUCGCGGGCCCGGAGCGACGAGGAUGACGACGGCGUCUUUGGCCGCAUGGAGGAAUGAUUGCAACGACUGCAUGAGAGAGCGAGCAUCUCUGGGAGUCGGGACAUGCCGUGAUGGGCGGAGUUGGGAUAUUAUGAUUUUUGGAUAUCAUGCCCGGGAGGAAACCCGCGCGGUCGUUGCUCGUGUGACGGCAUAGUCUCUGUAUGAGGUGGUUCUGCUCCGCCGCCAACCCUCAGCACCGAAGAGUGGGGGGCCUCGUCCUGCAGCGGGUCAUUGUGGACUGCGCGUCGCGGGCGUGAUUGCACCUCCACGAGGUUAAAGUGAGGGUUUGGAGAGGCGUCGAGCGAACACCCGAAUAAAUACCAAUUGAAUCGAAUAUUAAUUAGUCGAAGG